GCGAAGAGCCCUCCAGGGAGGUUGGGCAGCAUGGCGAGGCACGUACAGCUGGCUCCCGCCUCGCUGGCGCUGGUGCUGAGCCGGCCCGAGGCGCGGGAGGCGGCGGCGGGGGAGCCAGGCGGCCGGGCGGUGUUCCGCGCCUUCCGCCGCGCCAACGCGCGCUGCUUCUGGAACGCCCAGCUGGCGCUCGCCGCUUCGCGGCUGGCCUUCCUGGGCUGGCUGCGGCACGGGGUGCUGCUGGUGCGCGCGCCACACCCCUGUCUGCAGGUGCUCCGCGACGCUUGGAGGCGCCGGGCCCUGCGGCCACCGCGCGGCUUCUGCAUCAGCGCGCUAGGAGAUGUCUUCCCAGUGCAGAUGAAUCCCAUUGCUCAGUCUUGGUUUGUGCCUUUGGCUGAAGUUCUGUGUUGUGCUGUAUCUGAUAUGAAUGCAGCUCAGAUGGCAGCAACACAAGAAUCACUUUUGGAGCACUUGGUGAAAAAUUAUCCAGGUAUUGCAAUUCCAUCUCAAGACAUUCUCUAUACCACUUUGGGAACUCUGAUUAAAGAGAGGAAGAUUUAUCACACUGGAGAGGGCUACUUCAUAGUUACACCCCAGACUUACUUCAUCACAGAUACACACACGCCUGAAAAUAAGAGAGCCCUCCUGUCAGAAGAAGGUGGCCUGGUGUCCACUUCUGUGACCUAUCUAGUGAGUGUGGAGAGCUGUGCAGAGCUGGCCCGGGAGGAUAUCACCCCAGUUUCCCACUGUCCAUCAUGCCAGUGUUUCCCUGACACGAGCACACAGGACAUUGAGGACCCACCAACUACUGCAGAAGUGACUAGGAAAGGCCAGAAAAGUCUUGGGGAACCUACACCUUUGUCUCAGAAUCAGGCAGUUUCAGCAUCUGAAGACACUCACAUCAGUGCAAGCCCCAAACCGUUACCAUACACCAAAGACAAAGAAAAAGGCAGAAAGUUUGGUUUUAGUUUCUUGUGGCGCAGUAUAUCCCGAAAAGAGAAGGCCAAAAUAGAGCACCGCAGCUUCUCUGCACAGUUCCCACCUGAAGAGUGGCCUGUCCGGGAUGAAGACAACUUGGACAACAUCCCCCGAGAUGUUGAACAUGAAAUAAUCAAAAGAAUUAACCCUGUGCUGACUGUUGACAACUUAAUCAAACACACUGUGCUAAUGCAAAAAUGUGAAGAGCAGAAAAAAUACAAUAGCCAGGGCACGUCCACAGUUGUACUGACAGCCAGGCCCAGGCGUAAGUACCCUUCCAAAGAGGGAGUUAAGAAAAGGCAGGGCCGGUCUGCCAAGACUUGCAGGCGGGGCCAUUCCCAUAGGGACAGACAUAGAGCACAGAGUCGGAUGAGUGAGCAUCGGCCAGGAAGCGUUGGCCUAGAAAAGCAACCCAAGGCUCUUAUAGCCCAGCUUGCUCCCAGAUUCAAAAGCCCCAAUGAAGGAGAAACUCAGCAGCUGUCUGUUGAGAAUCCAGCUAUGCUAGGCUCCCACUUGAUUUAUAAAAAGAGAAUCAGUAAUCCUUUCCAGGGCUUGUCUCUCCGAGGGAACCCAGUAUCCAAAGAGUACAAUGUUCAGAAGACCUGGGAUCUGAAACCUAGUCAUACUAGGUCAGAGGAAAAGCCUUUCCAAAGGUCAAGGUCUUCAGAUCCCUCAAGAGUCUUUGAUGGUAAUGCCCAACAGCAAUAUGCUGAACAAUGCCAUGAUAAACUGAAAGCAGAAUCCAUGUAUGUAAAGAACUCUCGUGUCCAUCAUGUCAGUGACAACAUCAGAGAUGGCCAUGUAAAUUACCCUCCAUGUAGUGUCUUGCCAAGUGGCACUCAGGGCUGUUCCUUCAGGGAAAGCAUGUUGAGAUAUGAUGUGUAUGAUGAGGCUGACAACGCCAUCCCUGAAGUCUUGAGGAAACGUCAUCCUCACUUUGACAGGUUAGUGGAGACCAAAGAAACACAGCAGAUCCUCCCCUCACAAGGUUCCCCCUCUUUAGACCCAGCAUCCUCUGCUUACAGAUUAGUUGAUAAGACAAUGCACCAGUUCCAAAACCUUGGCCUCUUGGAUUACCCGGUUCGUAUGAACCAUUUGAGACCACCCGAGAGUCGAGAAAGCAACUCAGAAGAACUAAUUAGAAAAUCAUUUGCUCCAGAGGCAGAGGCUGUGAAUCUGGAAAAUGAAGGGCUUUCUGAUGAUGGGCAAGACAAGCUGGCCUUGUAUCAGAUUGACAUGGAUGAUGACAGGGCCUGCAGUUCAUUGUAUCUGGAGGAUGACGACCUUUCUGAGAAUGAUGGCUUUUGUCAAAUGCUGCCUGGACACACUCAAUUUUCCUUUGUGGGUGGAGACAAGUGGAACCAUUUGGGAGAAACAGACAUGACUGAGAUAUCUCUGAGUGAGUAUAACAGCAAAGCUGAUAGAUUUGGGCCUCAGGUGCUUACAAGAAAUCACUGUUACAAACCUGCUGGGUUGUUUGCAAAUCCAGGUAAAGGCCCGAACCCUAAUCUUUCUACUAAAAGCUGUUACCUAAACCCAGAGACCACAUACGAUUUUAACUAUGCAGGAGAGGCCAGUGUUGCUAAAUGUGUCCAGUCCUCAGCACCUGCUGGUGGAAGUUUAUGUGACUCCUUCAGUGAAAAGAAAACCAAUUCUGAGGCUGAACUCCUACAAGACUCUGUUGGUGACCCAGGAAAGAAAUCAAUUACCUGGAGAGAGAGCCCUCCAAAUCAGGAAAUGAGAAAGCAUUUCAUCAACAAAAUGGAACUUUUCAACACUUCACAUAUGCCAGUGUUGGCUCAGGAACUCCAGCGUGAACACAGUCUCCUGGAAGGAACAGAGAAUCAUAGCAUGGCAGGGGAUAGUGGAAUUGAUUCUCCACGGACACAGAGCCUGGCUUCUAAUAACACAGCCAUUUUGGAUGGACUUAAAAGAAGACAAAUUUUUCUGCAGAACUUUGAAGGCACAAAGAACAGUCAAACAUCUAAGUCCUUGCUCCAGAUAACUCCAGUUAUAAAUGUCUAAUUAAAAUUUUUUUUUUUCUGAAAUGGAAGGGGUCUUACACUGUGGCUCAGGCUGGCCUGGGAUGCAUGGCAUUCUGCCUGCCUUAGCCUCUUGAGUUCUGGGAUUAAAGGCAUGAGCCACUACAUCAGGCUUCAAAUUUUCUUUGGGGAACUUUUUCGUGAAUGUAGUGUGUGUGUGUGUGUGUGUGUGUGUGUGUGUGUGUGUGUAUGUGUGUGUGUGAAAAGAGAGAGAAUAUGGCAUUACUAUAAAUCUCUUUUUAAAAGUGAAUAUAAGAUUUCUCAAAAAUCAACAAUAUAUGUUAUUAACCCCAUUGUGUAACAUAUUCUAAUUAUGGGCUUUUUUCCCUUUUUAUUAUUUUAAAGAAGUUUUUAGUAUAUUUUACUAGAAAUUUGUUAUAGACUAUUUGCAAUAAAAAUACAUAU